AUGCCUCCAGCCAAAAAGAGAAAGCUCGACUCAAAAUACAAUGGACCAACGUCCCCAAUCGUCCAUACCUUUCAUUUGCCUGGUCAUGAAGCCGACGUUAAACUAAAAAUAUUUGAUGAAUUGCAGCUCCAUGUUCACUCAGUGGUCUUGAAGCUCCAUAGUGCUUUCUUCCGAAGAUUUCUGGAUCCAUCCAAUAAGAAUGGCAAUGGUGAAGACACUGGAAGUUUCAAAUAUGAAUGGGCAACAGUCUACGACGAUGAUGGAAGCUGGAGUUUGGUUGACGCCAGGAAUAUUAAACAUGACAAUCCAAGCUCAAAUUUGAUGCCGAGACAAAUAAAACGUAACCAAAAACUACAUGAGACAGCGUUCAUAAACUUCAUCGGUACUUUCUACGGGAAGUUAUGGGUAAUCAAAAAUACUGAAGCUUUGCAGCUGGUCACCGAACUCGCCGAUUAUUAUUGCGCUCUUCCAGUUGUUUCAAAAUCGAUGCAUGGGGGCUUUUUCAUAAGCCCUGAAUUUUGCAAAAGAAUUUUCUUUAGCAAUAAAUUGACUUUGCUCAAUUUAGCAUUGAGAUUACGUUCUCCAGAGCUCUUUCGGGAAUGCAUGAUAUGCUUAGUUGGAAGGUGGCAAGACAUCACUCGCGAAUAUCCAGUUGAAAGCCAACCUGAGAUGCUGUAUAACCCAAAGCUUGCAAACCCGAAGCUAAACGAGUUAGCGAUCAAGCUGCAUAACCAAAUGUGUAUCAGAAUAUCAGCGACGCAACGACAAAUUGUUUUCUGUUGUCAAGUCGACUCGAAUGCUCUAGAAAUCAAGGCCAAAAUCGAAAAAUGUUAUCUCGAGAAAAUGAAGUUGAGAGAGACUGAACAAGGGGUCUACCGUGGCCAAGUUUCACUCCCUGAAUACUUUCAAGCGUUUGGAGAAGAGUCUUCAGGAGUUUUUGCGCGAGCUGUUAGUGACAUAUUGAAAAACGAACUUAUCUUCAACAAGUCUUUACGGGCUGGGGAUAUUCUAUUUCCUGGAAAGACACAUAAAGAUGUCCAGUCACAUUUUCUAUGUGCAGAGAUUAAAGACGAGGAUCUACCGUGGGAUCUUAACGAAACCGAUUGGUUAAGAGAAGCAGGAAGCCGUCUACAUUUAACUCUUUGGUCAUCAUGGCCAAGAAUUCCGCGGCGGGUUUCAACAGGAGCGAUCAUGGAUCAAACUCAAAGACUAUCCCCAAAGCUUAAGGUGUUUUCACUUCCCGACCAAACACCUGAUACUAGAUUUGUCCUGUUCGAUGAAAUAGAAAUCCAUUUACAUUCUACAGUUUUGAAACUACACUCGGCAUUCUUCCGCAAGUUUCUUGACUCUCCAGACAAAAAGCCUGCAGAGCCGUCAGCAGAAUUCCGAUACGAAUGGGUCAGCGAGAUUGAGGAGGAUGGCGAAUGGCACAUGGUUGAGAAAUCCCACGCAAAGCCAAAUAAUAAUCUCUUGUCGGAAAAUACAUUCUGGGAUAUGGAGGUCCUCGUCUUCAUCGAGAUGCUCAACGCACUAUACCGUAUUCCCUAUAAGAUCUGGGCGACCCGACUGUUCAUCGUCACCAAGAUGGCAGAUUAUUAUUGUUGCCUUCCGGCAGUCUCACACAAUCUCUUUGCUUGUUUCGACCAAAGCAAUAACGAAUAUGUCGCAGAAAAUGCUGUCCACCUUCUUGAUAUUGCCUACAAGCUUCGUCAACCACUUCUCUUCAAAGACUGCCUCAUUCACGUUGCUGGUUAUAUGCCUUCUGACUCCCGCAAUUUUCAUCAUUUGUGCAACAGGGUGAUCUAUGAUGUCAUGAUGAAAGCACGUAAUGAGGUUAAUCGACGAGUAGUUGAAGCCCAGAAACGUCUCAUACUAUCUACACCUAGCGAGGAGCGCUCGAAACUUCUAAGCCACAGUUGGGAGGUUGGCUUCGAGGAAACGGAAGGACAGCUGAGCCUGCCUCGUUACUUCAGACUUUUGGCGGAGCACGAUGGCGAAUUCGCCAGUGCCCUGUCUAACGUGCUCCAAUGCGAGUUACGUUUACCGUAUGAAGUCAGUCACGAAGCGGGUGCCCGUGAUCUCAAUGAUACGGACCACUUUUAUUGUGCAAGGUUGUUAGACAGAGAUCUACCACAAAGAAUAACGAUGGCAGGAGCCGCUCUAUCUGAUGGAGGGUCAGCACCCCAGAUACAGAUCAAGAAGUUCGAUGUCCCAGGCCAGCUUCCAGAUACCCGAUUUCGUCUCUUUGGAAAGAUGGAAAUUCAUGCCCAUUCACCUUUACUCAAAAUCCAUUCUGCCUUCUUUCGAAAAUUUAUGGAUUCUCCAGACAAGAUAGCUGCAAAAGCUGGAGCGGCCUUUGCAUAUGAGUGGGUUGAUGAGGUCGAUGAUGAUAGUUCUGGAUGGCAUGUCGUUGCUGAUAGUAAUAAAAAGAGUUCAAAUAAAUUAUCGGAGGGCAUGUCAGAGCCAGCAAUAGAAGUCUUUGUCAGCAUGCUUAAUUGCAUUUAUCGCAUCCCAUUUAAGACCGAACCAAUGCAAUUGAUCGAAGUUACAAAACUUGCAGAUUAUUAUCGUUGUUUGCCAGCAGUGUCAAACAGUCUGUAUGCUUGUUUCUAUAUGAGCCCUAAUUUUGAUAUUCACAAAGCGCGCGAUCUCAUCGAGUCAGCGUACAAACUUCGUCAGCCAUUAUUGUUCAGAGACUGCAUCAUCUAUAUUGCUGGCAGUAUGCAACAGACGACUUUAUUCCUGCACGAGAUCAAGAAUUCCAAUGCCCAACAGGCUCUGCAACAGGCACUGCUGACUGUACGGAACAAAAUCUUCGAAAGCCUUGUUGGAGCCCAAGAAGUGGUGCAUUUGACGGCUUCUAAUGAUGAUGAGCCACUGUUCAAGAUAAUGAAGGAUGUUAGCAUCAAAGUAUCGGAAAAUGGAAACUUUUCCCAGCCAGAAUUUUAUAGGAAACUAGUUGAUCGGGAAGAGAGAUUUUCAGAAGGCUUAGAGGAGGUGCUUUCCGGAAAUUUGCAGCUGGAUAGUUCAGCCUUGGCGGGAAUCGGUGAUUACUACAAUCAUUUUCUCUGCGCAAGUUUAAGCGACGAGGAACUACCAUGGGACACUACAGAAACCGAUUGGUAG